CGGUCUCAUUACAAACUUCUCCUCCACGCAGCCGUGGGGCUUUCACUCGUGUCACCAUGUCCAGAGUUUCCACAUUUAUCGUCUCUGUUUUUGCCCUCAUCUUGUGCGCUGUUAUCGUCGCUACAGAGGCGCAGUCCACCACUCCUGCUCCGGCUCCGGUACCUUGUGCUGCCAGAUCCAACACCAGUUGCUCUGAAUGCCUGCAGAAUGUCACAUGUCUGUGGUGCAUACCGACCGAGCAAUGCGUCGACUACCCGGUGAGGAACAUCCUGCCCCCCAACAGUGUCUGUCCGCUGAAUGAUGCACGAUGGGGGCUGUGCUGGGUCAACUUCCAGAUAUUGAUCAUCACCAUGUCGGUGCUGGCCGGUAUCAUCAUCAUCGCCAUUCUGGUUUGCUGCUUCUGCUGCUGCAAGUGUGAACGAAUCGGGAACAGGAGGGAAGACGCUAAAGUGGAGCGACAAACCCGAGCGAGGAAGGCCCGUCAGAAAGCGAGGAGAACAGAAAUGCAGCUGAGGCAUGAUGAAAUCAGACAGAAAUAUGGUCUGGCAAAGGAUAAUCCGUACGCCCGUAUGGACGAUCAUUAGGAAGAAUCUCAGCGACGGUUCCUUCAAAUGAUCUUAUUGAUGCCAGUAACAGCGAGACACAGCGUACAAAUAGCUUCUGAUAAACUGUGAUUAUCUGGAUUGAUUUCGAUGCGACAGUGUUUGCAAAAAAAAAAAAACUUAAGACAACACGCAGCUCUCUUUGGUUUUCAGGAUUAAUAUUUUUUUCAGCCUUAACUGGACUUUUAACCCGACAUUGUUUUCUGUCCACACGCAAAACAACAUCAGGAUGAAGACAUUGUCCACCAUGACAUGCAAACAUUUAGUUUUAUUUUGAACAAACAGUGCUUCUGAUGCUUCUUUUAUAACCAGCAGAUUCACUUUUAUACUACAUUUGCAAUGCACACUAUUUUACUGUCAUGGACGUCUAAAGAUCAACAUGUAUUUCUUUUUUUAUAUAAAUUGUUCAUGUAACAAAUUUUUACUUUUUUCCAGUUUUAGCUUUUGAUAAAUAUCAGAAUUAGUUUCAUAACUGUGUUGGAUAAAAGAAAUGUGUGCACUGAAACUACGUGUGGAUCGACUGAAUUUUCUGUAGCCAUUAAAAACAAGUGAUCAUCAAUUUCAAAAAG